AUGAGUCGUCAUAUUCGGGUCGACGCGCGCAACAUCCGCUCGCGCAACCGUUUCGAGAGGCUCGCCCAAAUCGACCCUGACAUCCGUGGCCGGCAAGAUGAUGAAGAUGUGCCUGCGAAUAUUCGAAGACAACAUGCGUUCAACGCCAAUCGCGGCGUCUAUGUCCCUCGCGGAGCCCGUGGCGCCCAGCAAGGGGGACGAGGAGGUGGUGGUGCACGCAAUGAGCAAAUGAUGCGUGGCGCGGCAGCUGGAAUGCAAAGGGAUGCGAUUCUCGUCUGGCAGAUUAAGAUUCGCCAAGGGCAUAUCUACCCGAUUGCCUGGGUAUUCAAGCAGCUCGGCGCCAGAAUCGAAGACUUCAAGCCGAUCCUGCCCCAGAUCGACAAUCAAAUGAACCUCUCGUUCUAUGUGAAAGAUGAGGAACAAGCCGAUUCGAUCAGCGUCCUUUCGGACCGUAUCAGACAUAAGGAAUCCAGCACAUCACUUCGCAUUUGGAAGAAUCAGGUGGUGGCUCCUUGGAGACGACUUCGCCAAGAAGACGUCCAACUGAUCAACCAAGCCCUGGAUACCCGCUACAAUGAAGAGGGCCGGGCGCUCGAUCUUUCUGAAUUCUCCAAAAUUCCACUUUUUAUCCAAAAUGACAAACUCUUCCGACUCACCAGCAACCAAAUUAUGUUGCAUGUACUCGACCGGAUUGACGAGAGAUAUGGCCAUAUCACCGCACUUAGUCUCAAGAUGAACAACUUGGCGAGCCUCGACUGCGCCUCAAUGCUUCUAUGGGCCACGAAAUACGUGAAAGUGUUAGAUUUGUCGGCCAACGAGAUUUCUUCGAUGGAUCAAGUGGCCAAGCUGAAGGGAUUGCCCGUCGAAAUGAUCUUCCUUGAGGGCAAUAGACUGUGCGACGAAUUCUCCCGGUCCACCGACUAUCUCAGUGCCGUCCACAACAUCUUCCCGCGGGUCAAUCGAUUGGACGGAAUUGAAGUGGCGCCGCAACAAACUGGGACGGAUCCGAACGAAGACGCCGGACUCGAGCCACCAUACAAGAACUCGUACUUCAGCGAUUCCGAUGUGGUCGUCGGCAUCGUUCAGUCCUUCAUUUCUGAAUAUUUCAAGAUUUACGAUGCUGAGAAUCCUCUGAUGGAUCGCCAGCAAUUGACGAUGGCCUACGAUAAGGAAGAAUCAAUGUUCACGCUGACCGUCCAGAAUAUUGCCGACAGCACUGGGCGUUACAAAACAUUCCAGAACCGUGAAGUGUACGAGACCUACCUGCGCCAAUCGCACAACGUCAAGCAGCUCGGAAAGUGGGAAGCGAAGCGAGCGGAACGAGUUCACGUUGGAGCAAUGUCGAUUGCCGUUGCAUUGUCUCGCCUCCCGCGCACAAAACAUCGCGAAGAAACGUUCACCAUUGACAUCUCUUUUGUAUCGGAACAUCUGCUAGUCUUCUCAGUCUCUGGCUUAUUCGAGGAUGCUCCACUCGCUACCGGGGCCGCGUUGCCCGAGCUCAAAUACUUCCAGCGUCAAUUUGUCGUCAUGCCAGUGCCCGAGAAUAGUUCUGUGAAAGUGAUCUCGGACAUGCUCUACAUUUCUGCUAUCCACACCGGGCGUCUCGAAAAGUUCAAGCAGUUGUUGGAACGGGCACAGAAGCAAGGAUCGGCUCAGCCGAGCACCUCUAGAAUCGCUGCACCGCCCACACAACCCGCCGCUUCCGAGGAGCCCACUGCCGAGAUAAAACAAGCGAUGAUUGUCGAGUUUUCGCGUCAAUCUGGGAUGAAGCCGGAAUGGUCGGAGAAGUGUCUCCUCGAUUCGGGAUGGAAUUACGAGCAAGCGGGCCAGCUGUUUCUCGAGAACCGGAGCAAGAUCCCGAGCGAGGCCUUUGCAGCUGCGGUC